AGAGAGAUAUUAUUUACUGCAUCAAUGAGGAUGCUGGAGAGCCUAGAUUGCAGCGCUAAUGUCUCUGGCCAGGAUUUGUGGGCUGAGAUUUGUCCACAUGCUCCAGACACACAGGAAGUAAAUGCUCAAGAAACCUUUUCAGACUCCUUUCUGGGCCCUUUUCCUGAUGAACUCAACCAUGACAAUAACGGAAAUCAAUCUGAACUUAACUCUCACAAUUUCAGUCAAAAACCAUGGGCUCCGUUACAAGACUCUGAAGUAUAUUUAGCAUCUCUAGAACGUAGGUUACAAAGAAUUAAAGGUCAGAACCGUGAAGUGACCUCCAAAGAAAUGUUACAUUCUUUAGGACAGGCAAAGAAGGAAUGUUGGGAUAGAUUUCUCCAAGAGGCAUUUGAACCUGAAGCUUAUGUUCCUACUGAUAUUGAUAGCAGCACACUAGAACAUUUGAAGCGGUGGCUGCAGCCAGAGAAAGUGGCUCUGAACGCAGAGGAAGUGCAAUGCCUAAUACCUGGUGAAGCUCCCCCGAAAAAUGGUGACAAUGAGCAGGACGAGGCAGCUGCUGAGCACUGACGACCUGGAAAUUACCUUUUACUAGGCUUUUAUAAAUUCAAAUGUCCA